CCUGGGCCAGCGGUGGUAGAAACACCUGGCUCGGGUUACAGCAGCAGAGAGAGAGAGUCAGAGGGGCUGGACUCUGAGCCAAAAUAACUCAACUCAGUACGCAGCUAUGACUAAAUGUCUGGAGCCGCCGCCACAAGAGACAAACACAGACUCGAGAACCCGACUUCAGGAAGACAAAAAACUUUGAACAGGGCUCAGAUUUUCCUCUGAGUCCGGACAAUAGAACACAAGGACUCUUAUUUCUGAGAGACUGAUUGUUAUCCUCAGCUUGAGAAGUUCAAUGGAGCUGUACUAUGAGCAGAGCACUGCUACCUCACAGCCAUGAGUUCUCAGACAAGCUUUGGUAGCAGCAUGCUGUUCCAGACCAUAAAUGAUGACCUAAAUGCAUCGCUGGCUACAGCAGAUGAGUUAUCCAGAGAGUUUAACUCUCUGCUGAUGGAGGCCUCCUCCAGCAACAACAAUACAAAGUCGGGGCCUCAGACCAGUAUUACAGUUGCCAGAGAGAAGCCUCAGUCCUCUGGGCUGUCCAACACCUACACCACUACAAAGGAGUCAAGUAGCCGCAGUAAUGGCAGCUCCAGCUCUGCGUCUUUCUCUCCAAGCUCAACAUCUUACUAUUCCAGGGACUCUGUCAUUUCCAGCAAUCUAGACGCACCAUCCUCCCCUGCCCUCUCCACCAGCUCACUCUCAUCCCUCCAGAUCCGCAGAGAGGCACACUCUCCACUUCCUCAAGCCAGAUCCGACAGCCACGUGUAUGGGCAGCAGAGCCCCAAACACUCACCUCACACCCGGAGGCGUAAUUCCCCCUCUCGUUACGACAGGAGCCCACAAGGUUCAAUUAGUUACAUAGAAAGAAGCCCCUCUCCGAGCCCCACAAGUCGCUCUGCUUCACUUCACUCCUCUGUCAACCUGCUGAGCCCGUAUGACGGCAGCCAGAUGGGCCGCAGGUCGCCCCGGCCGGACAGAAGCCCAUCUCCUUUGGCUUUCAAUUAUCAAAUGUCCAGCACGCUCCCUCGAAAUUUUGGUUUCAGGCAACCUGAAGAGGGUGUGCAGCGGCAAAAGAGUCCUAGUAAGUGGAAUGAGACAGAUCUGGACGUGUCCUACGAGAGAAAACCUCACCACACCUAUGAGAAGACAGAGUGGCAGCGGCAAUCUAUGCCAACUAGCAACUGGAAGGAAUCCAACCUUGACAGCCCUUCCUCCCCAAGUCCAAAAAAGGAUCGCCACUCUCAGUCUCUUCAGUUUUCCCAUGGUUCUCUUCCCCGUAACACACGUAUAUCAGUGCCUCCAGAUGUUUCAUCCCCAGUCCACUCCCCUUACCACCCUCAGCCCAUCAUCUCCCGUAUUUCUAUUCCCCCAACUUCUGCUCAGUCCCGUCAGCGCAGACCCAUCCCUCUCUCUGUCAUCAUGCGUCUCCAAAACCCCCAUUGGGGAGCAAUGGCAACCUGCCACCCCAGGAUCUUGGGAGGAGAAGGGGACAUGGUGCCUUACCAACCAGCUGGAACCAUCCCUAGGGAAUUCUUCAACCAACCUGUACCCCAACCUCUGCAACACCCACCUGAGCUGAGACAGCCAGCCAUAUACAGCGAUGUGCUCAACCCAGGGGAUAUAGAUGCAGAGUUAGAGCGGCUGGACUAUAUUCAUCACAUACCUGUGAUUUCAGAGAACCCCAGCAUGCCAGAGGGUGGCAGGGAGGCCAAUGAGGGCGUGCCACCUGCUCCCCGCCCCCUGAGCCCCACUAGGCUGCAGCCAGUGGUGGCCCCCGAGGCCCAGAGCCAGGUGAUCCCUGACCUGGAGGAGCUGCUCCGUAUCCGGGCAGAAAUCCCCCGGGCCCUGAAGAGACGGGGCUCUGUUGAUCAGUCACGGCCCCUGAAGAGGGCCUCGCAUUACCAGCCGAACCAGUACAAAACUCUCAUCGACAAGCUUUUCCGCAGGAAGGAACGCCGCCAAAAGGGGGAGCAAGGUAGCGAGACCAGCAGCUCCUCAGAUGGAGAGGACACCGCUAUGCCUCCUGCCCCUGCACCUCAGACAGCCAAACUGAUUCCCCAUGACUUCAGAAGCUACCAUUCCAUUCUGCGGCGGUCCAAUCGGGAGCAUAAACGUUCUGGAAAUCGAGCUCGGCUCAGCCCGCUGGUCCUGCUGCUGGAUGGGGCAUUGGUCGGAGAACUGGAGACAGUCCAGAAAGCAGUGCAGGAGAUGAACGACCCUAGCCAACCGAAUGAUGAAGGCAUCACCGCCCUUCAUAAUGCAAUCUGUGGGGGCCAUUACAACGUGGUGGACUUCCUUGUUCGCAUUGGAGCCAAUGUCAGCGCACCAGACAGCCACGGCUGGACUCCACUGCACUGUGCAGCCUCUUGUAACGACCGUCCUCUGUGUGAGUUUUUGGUGAGGAAUGGGGCUGCUGUCAUGGCCAUGACAGAGAGCGACGGUGCUAUAGCCUCUCAGAAGUGUGAUCCUUAUGCUUUUGCCUUUGAGGAGUGUGAGAGCUUCCUGAAGGGUGUUGAGGACGCCAUGGGGGUGGAGAACAGCGGGGUGUUGUAUGCUUUGUGGAGCUACCCGGCUCAGGCAGCUGACGAGCUGAGCUUCAAAGAGGGAGACAUGGUCACUAUCCUGCAGAAACCUGAGGGGUCGAGCUGGUGGUGGGCCUCGCUCUGUGGCAGGGAGGGAUUUGUUCCAAACAACUACUUUGGGCUUUUCCCAAAGGUUCGACCAAAAUCUCUCUGCUAAGCGGCCUCUUGAUGAUCAACCUUGGUCAAACAAGUCCAGAGGACUGUCUCAAAACCUCUGUGUGUUACAGCUUCACACUGUUCUUUGAAAGGCCUCUGUCUGUGUGAUCAUGAAAAGGGCUGUCUUGCUGCAAGGCAUGAGAAAUGUUUUUGAUCUGUCAUUCAAGGAGAGUUGAAGGAGAAGUCUCAGUAUUCAUUUUCGCCUUACUGACGUGGAUAAAUCUUUGUAGAUGACAUCAUUUUUACUGGCCCUGCUGUGGGAUAUUUUCCCUACUAAAGCUACAAUGCAGUACUGCGCUAAACCUUUCUGUUGACCUAUGCCUGUCUGUUACAAAAGGGACAGAUUCCCUACUGUUCCAGUCAGAGGUGGACAUUUUUUUUUAUUCAUUGGCUGGUUACUAAUCAGAGUGGAAACAGUGGCUGUUGAUGAGUCCACUCAUCAACAAGAUCAGUGUAGCUGUGUGUAGCAAAAUCAACCUACUCAUUACUGGAACAGAGCUGUCUGCUGCUACAUCAAAAAAGCAUUGUACACUCAUUAUAAAAGCGAGUGGCGAGGAGUUGACAUGUGUCUUCUACUCUUUUAUAAUAUUUCUAAAACCCUUGAUGUACGUGUCACUGUUUGUGAUAGAUUUUUACGUGUUAAGGUUAGUCUCUGUGGCCACUGGAACAAUUGUAUGAGGCAUAUUUUUCUGACCACAGUGGCUGAUUGAUCCUAAUAUCAACCACAUUUCUGACUUUACAGGCAAACUAUGAUGUUUUCCUACUAAUGUGGCUGUAGACUUUACAUAGUAUUUUUUUCAAUCAGCCACAGCCAGAAUUCACCAGCGUUUGGUUUGUGUCUACUUGGCUUUAGUCUUUAUACAUGCUGUUGGUCAUUUGUUAUAUUUUUGAAAGAAAAUGCUUUGUUCUCUAUGACAAUGACACCGGCCAUUUUGUGGAGUGAGUAUUUGAUGAUGUGUUUAUUUUCUGGUUUUGUAUGUUAUCAGUGUUCAGUGUAACACUUUUGUUGAGAGGGACUGCUGUGCACUUAACCUGUAACCCCACACAAAUGGGCACACAGUGACCAAAUGUUAAAAUAUUCCAAAAAUAAAUGAAUUAUAUGUUUAUGGGUUCCACUGUAAAUGUUUGUUACAGUCAUGUGUUUGUGGCUUAAAAUACGACUGUGAAAUGUCCUUUACUGACCAGCAGAUGACACUGUAUAAUCAAGUAUGAAUUCAGCACCAGCAUAGAAUUUAUAUACCACCAGCUAAUGUAAACUAAUAUACAGUAAAACACCAUUUAUCACGGC